UGUUUCUUCAGGAAAGCCCUGUCAGAGGUGACGGCGUGCCUGAGGGAGCGGCUGCACCGCUGGCAGCAGAUUGAGAAGCUCUGCAACUUCCCCGUAGUCAAUAACUCGGGGCUGCCGAGUCUGACGGCGAGUCUCUACUCAGACCACAGCUGGGUGGUCAUGCCGCGAGUCUCGGUGCCUCCGUACCCCAUCGCAGGAGGAGUGGAUGACCUGGACGAGGACACGCCUCCCAUCAUUCCACAGUUCACAACGGCCACGUUGAUCCGGCCCUCGCUGACCCGCAGCAGCAGCCUGUGUCGUUCCCGCCGGAGCCUGCUGAGCUCCCCGCAGUCCUCGCUGAUGUCCCCGGACCCCGACCUGCUGUCCAUGGCCAGCUCGUCCCUCUCCUAUCGCCCCGAGGCAGACGACGAACAUAUCAUGUUCAGCUCGGAUAGGAGGGGGUAUGUAGCGGUGGCCGGAACGCCGCGGAAUGGUUUUACAGUUUGGACUCACAGGGAAGCGGCUCAGGAGGGCGGCUCCGACACGGACUCUCUCAACUCUUCCCUGGGCCGCAAGCAGCUGCACAACCCCUGCACACCGGGCCCGGACACCCCGUACCGCAAGAUCUCCCGCGAGGAGCUGCUGCUGUUCAGCCAGAGUUCGGAGCUUCCCGCGUCCACGCCCGCCACCUCCACCACCACCAGCAGCAGCAGCAGUCUCAGGGACUCCACGCCCCCUCCUCUGCCUCCCACCCCAGCCACCACCCCCUCCGGCCCGCCCUCCACCUCGCCGUCCCCGGCCUUGGAGCACCACCCGUUUGCACACAGAGGCUCGCCCGACCUCACCCGCAUCAUCCCCGAGUCGCAAAGUGCAACCUUUUCGCAGGGGAGCGCCACCUCUCCGACGGGCAAGGGCAUGUAUAACGGCGUCCUGGAGAAGUCCUACAGCUUCGGCCAGCUGCCCGCGAGCAUGCUGCCCAACGUGGGGCGUUACCCGUCUCUUACCUCCCUGGACUCGGAGGGCCGGAGCGUGGGGAGGGAACACAAGCUCCAGAGCACCUCCUCCCAGGACUCCAGCGACAAUGGAGAGAAAAUCAAGCGCUCCUCCUCUAAAAUCAAAAGCUUAUUUAAGAAGAAAAAAUAAAAACUUGCAGAGUGAGAUAGUGUGUGAGAGAGAAAUAAAAAUAUAAAGAGUUGUUUUAGCCCUAAUACUAAAAGAGAAGGACAUCACUGUAAGCUAAAACAUUUCAUUUUCUCUCGUUACUUUCUUCGUUUUGUCAUCAGAGAUGGAAUGUAGCUCAGUCUGGGUGCCUUAAACGCCUCAGACUGGUAGCCUUAUUUUUCAAUAAUGCCUUUUUAUUUAGUUCACUCAUAACCUCACAGGGAAACCUGCAAAGGUCAAAGAAAAGUCAACAUAAGGUCAAAAAAACAAAACUGUCACUGUCUUCUGUCCAUUUUGGUUUGAACCAAAAAGUCACUUAGUGUAAGGGUCUAAAGGUGCAGUCCAUGAACAUGGACGUGUAAUACGGGACUACGUUUGCUGUCACCACUGAAAGUAUUACAGUCACACUUUCAGGAGUGACGAGCAUCAACAAGAAAAACAGCUCAUUUGACUUUUUAAAGGGAAACUUCAGCCACCAAGUGACUAUUUGUGUAUUAAUAACUCACCUUGUGUUAUGUUGAAUUUGUAAAGAAAACUUUGUUUUUCUCACAUACCUCCACGAUGAACGGAGAAU